UUGUUUAUAAAGAUAGACAGGGACCCAAAAGACUUCAAUAUCAUGUCAAAUUUGGAUGAGCGCUCUAACUAUGACUUGGCAUCUCAAUUUCCAAAUCCACAUGUUCAUCAGAACUCCAAAUCUCAUCCUCCUGAUUUUCAUUUGAAUUCAAGUGGAUUACAUCCUUCUCAUCUUGACCUACAAUAUGGAGCCACUCCUACGUUUCAAAGUCUGUUGAAUGCUCCAAUGGUAAUCAAUCAAAGUGGUGUUAGCAAUGCUCAUUUUCCUAUCUACACUCCAAUGACCAAUUUUCAGACUCCUGGUAACAAUUCUUUGGGUAGUAAUCGGAUUCCUGUUAGCACUCCAAUGGUUCCAUCUCAAAUUGGUGGUAACACCACGGGCAUGAACAAUCAGAAUGAAGUAACACCAAAAGGAUUAAAAAAGAGAGUUAAAGAUGUCCAAACAUCAAGUGGCAAAAAGGAUUGGGGUGUAGAAGAAGAAAUAGCUUUGACGAAUGCAUGGUUGAAUGUGUCUUUGGACCCUAUUGUAGCGGUAAACAACUUUGCAGGGCAUUAUUCUAAACUAGAGAGGCAUCCUCAGAGUGGUACAAACUCAAAAGACUUGAUUCACAAGGCGUUGGGUAUGUACGAAGAUAUAGAAGGUACCAAAUUCAAAUGGGUUCACUGCUGGGAAAUAAUAAUUAAAAACCCAAAAUGGCAGUCGAAACAUGAUAAGAACAAUGCACCAGAUAGACAAGCGGAUGAUGAAAACAAGUCGCCUACAUCUGAAGAGUCUUUGCUGAAUAUCAUUGAUGAUAACAUAACACCUGAAGGUGAUGGUGUGGGACGACCAACAGGAAGAAAAAAUAGUAAAGAAAAGAAGAGAAAAUUGCAUGAUAAAAGAGGUGUGGUGGAUGCAUUAAACAAGUUGCAGUCCACUUUGGCAAAGCAAGCUUACACCUGUAGCUUACACUUUGGAAAUGAAGAUGAAAGAACAAAGGAGAAAACGACAAGAACGGGUAAUGAACCAAGAUUUAAGCAAGCUUACACCUGUAGCUAGAGCUGCAUAUGAAGCCAUGCAAGCCAAGAUUUUCAAAGAAUGGAAAAAGACGAUAUAUUUUAAACUGAUAUGACAAACUCACAGGUAUACUACUUUGUGCUUUUGAUUAAAUUAAAAAAAAAAAAAGUAAAAACUGUCUUGAUUUUUUUCUUAUUAUCAGGAUUUUGAGGCUUGAGCAGAAGACUUGGACUGAUUUUAGAGUUAUGCAAGAUUGCCAUGUUAAAUUAAAUGGUGAUAUUUCCUUGAGGAACUAAAUGCAGGAUUUUACAUCAUCUUAACAGGUGCUUAUUCUUUUUUUAAGUGUUGGCGCCUUGGUUAAGUUUCUUGCACAUAUCCUGGU